AUGAGUAUAAAUGAUAGUUUCUUUGACAACAUUCUAGUCGUCAUGAACUAGAAUGUUAACACCUAUAACAAGCCUUAAACAAUAUGUAAAUCCUUGGAACGCACUUUUGCUGUUUGUAAUAAUCCAACUAAGUAUGUAAGCUAUUGAUGUUAUAAAAUUUCAGAAGAACUACCCAAUAUAACCAUACCCUAUAUUAAGAUGAUAAUAAAUUUUAAAAGCAUUAAACAAAUUAAUUAGAUUAUUAUUUAAAACAACAAAAUAAAACAGAAACACAAAAAAAUCAGUCAAAGAGUUAUCGCAGCAUCAAAUAGUAAGAAUUAAAUAAUCAAACAUCGAUUCCUCAAAGUAUAUUCAUCAAUUAAUUAUUUCAGAAACAUAUCUCAAACAAUAAAUGAGAUUAAAAAUCAAUUUAGAGAAUGAUGCCUUUCAAUCUAAUUUGAGACAUAAGACCCAGUCUAUUUACAAUACUACCAAUCCUUUUUAGGGAUCUAUUACAAAUCUAAUGAAAUAAUAAGUAAUUUAUCUCUUUAAUUCUAUAGAUGUAAAAAUAAUAACAAAGUUUUUUAAACAUACAUAAAACUAUGAACGAUGAUUCUAAAAUGAAAAUAUCUUCUACACAUAGAUAAUCAUUAAUUCCAUCCAAACUAACUCAAAGAUAAGAUUCUUAAAAUAUUAGAAAAAGCAAUUCGGUCUAUAUGUAAGAGUUUAGGAAGGUUUUUCACAAUACCAAAUAUAGUAUACAUAAUUAUGUUUGA